AGAAGUAGAACGGAUCGAACAACACUACGCACAUACUUCAACUUCAAUUUAUUACCUUUGCAAAUUGUGUAAAACAUCUACACAAUCUACAUGACACCGAUAAUUACUGCGAUUGUUACAACCAUUCCCUCUGGCUUAGUUGUUCUCCUUGGCGUAUUAUUUUUACUUUAUUUUAUACUCGUAAAAAAUAUCAACCCCUUUAUAGCUACUAUUUUAAAAGAGUCUGGUGAUGCUUGGUUCCUAGAACUGUGAAAUGGUGUAAAGUGAUUAAAAAUGUUUAAAAAAUUAAAAGAUAAAUUAGCUGAGGAGGUGAAGUCAUCACCUCAAAGAAUUCAACAAUUUGCACAAGCAGCUCAGGCUGCUGUCACAUCUGCCUCCAGUAGCAUAUCUGAUAUCACAAAUAGUGAUCUUUUCUCCAUUGGUGAUAAUGAUGGUCAGCAGCCUCGGCCUAAGGCACAGUCGUCUCUAAAUAGUCAACCAAAUACAUUCCAAGAUGUUGCGCUUGUGCAGCCCCUACCAUCAUCAGAGUCACUGGACUACAUGUCUGCACAUGAUAUACAUGACAAUCAGAGACAAAGAAGACUCUCAAACAGCUCAUUUGCAAGUGAUGUAUCUUUCCGCUUGCCAAGUUAUGAAACUCCUUCUAUGUAUCAUUUACAGUCUGAUAUGGAAGUUUCAGCGAGUGAAGCGGAGGAGCGUGGUUUCUCUAGUGGUGCUGUCAGUCUCGACCGAGUGACGAAAGAGCAGCUGUAUGCUGCAUAUCGACGAACCCAAGAACGAUACACAAAAUAUAGAACACAGUAUGGAGAUUUAGCCCGGCACUACAAACUUUUGGAGAGAGAAAAUGCUAAAGCUAGAAGUGUCCUAGUUGAAACCCAAGAUAAAGCUUUAAGAAGAAUAUCAGAGCUCCGUGAACAAUGUGCACUAGAACAAAGUGCAAAGGCACAUUUAGAAAAAGCCCUUCGUAUUGAACUUGAAGAAAAAGGGAUGAAAAUAGAGGCACUCAAUACAAAGGUGCAACUUUUACAAAGCAAUACCGAGAUUGUUAAUACUACUGAUAAGAAUGAGAACAAAACGAAAUCAACUGAUGGUGAUGGAGAUGUCCAAUUAAUAAACCUUUCAACUGAACCUGAAGUGAAGUCAUCAAAUGAAGAGUCUACGGCAAGUGAGAUUAUCGCAUUAAACAAUAAGAUUGAGAAAAUGGAGCACCUACUAAAUAAGUACAAAGAAUCGCUCAAAGUAAGCAAAGAAAAAAAUUCCCAAAUUAAUACUGAGUUACAAAUACUGUCAAAUGAGCUUGAGAAUAAAAACAGAGAAAUUGACCAAUACAAACUUGCCUCCGACCAAUUAAAAGCAGCGAAAGAAAAUAUCCAAGAACUUAACAAUUUAAAUGAAGAAUUGCAAAAUAAAAUAAAUGUUUAUGAGUUUAGUAAAACGAGAGAAUUAUCGACCCUUGAAGUCGAUUUCCAGAAAGCUCAGGAAGAAAUUGCUGAGUUACGCGGCAAAAUUGAAGUGUUCGGCAAAAGAGAAGAAGAAUAUGCCAUUUCCUUAGCAGAAAAUAAGUUAAGUAUACACAAAGAGUUAGAAAGUAAAGAAACAGAAAUAAAAUCCCUUAAAGAUCACUUGGAGUCUAGCAAGAAAGAAAUACAGUCUCUAAAUAUAGUUGUAAAUGAUUAUAAAAAUAGUGUAACAUCAUUGGAAGCUGAGAAAUCCAAACUAAUGCAUGAAAGCUCUGAACUAGCCUCCAUUAAGGCUAAGACAACCGACCUAGAAUCACAAAUCGAAGAGUUGUCAAAAAAUGCCAAAACUUCGAACAGAUGAAAACUAAAGCAGAUGAAGGAUAUAAAUGUCUUCAGCUGCAAAUGAAACAAGAAACUGCAGAAAAAUUAGCAAUGAUAGAUAGAAAUACGUAUUUAGAAAAUAGAAUAUCACAGUUGAGUGAAGAGAACGCCAAAAAAAGUGCUCAGAUUGGGAAUUUGGAAAGUGAACUACAGAAAAAAGAAAACAUUCUAAAGGAUCACACAGAACAAGAUUCAAAGAAUGAUGAACUUCUUGAUGAAUUAAACAUUUGAAAGAUAAAUAUGCUAAAUUGGAAUCAGAAAUUCAGGAAGAACGAGAUGAACUAAUAAAAUUACAGUCUGAAAUUGAGAAAUUGUUAUCAAACCAUGAAUUACUUCAAACCCAAAACAUCGAAUUUCGUAAACUGGUUUCUGACUUGAAAUCAGAAAAUGUAAUCAUGCAAGAAAAACUAAUCAGGGAUAAUAAAUUAAGAACAAAUUGUUUGAGACUUUCAAAUGAAAUUAGAGAAAUGAAAAAACUCAUAAACUUAAUAUCUAGUGAAACAAAGUCGUUACAAGCCAUUAACAACGAAGCUUUCUUUUCUCUUACAAAAGAAAUUAAUUAUGCUUUACACAAUAACUCACACAGUGAAGCAAAUUUGAAUGCGACUAAACUGAGUGAACUCAAAUUGGAAAUUAAGAAA